AUGGCAGUGGCUACGGAGUCAGGACAUAUUGCCAGCUUUUUUGGCAUCGAAGCUCCAAAGCAAAUUCUGUGGAAAGGAUGGGAACCUGGUGGCGAAUAUACUAAACAGUUAGUGAUUAAGAACAGCAACGUGAAAACCCAGAAAUUGCAAUUUCUAGUACCAACGACUCGAUAUUUCACAACUUUAUAUCCUAAAGUCAUAACACUAAGCGCAGGAACAAGCUUUACCUUACCUAUUACGUUUCGUCCGUUAGAAAAGAAUACCUAUGAAGAUCAGAUCGAAUUUCAAUCCAAGGAGUAUCGUUUCAAGAUUGCUGUGAAAGCAAUCGUGAUUGAGCCCGUCUUAAUCGCUCCUAAAUCGCAAAAUUUUAGCAUGUGUGCUGUUAAUGACGCCCGAGAAACAACAUUUGAAUUAAAGAAUACAAGCGAUCUCAAGACAACAUUUCAUUGGGAUAUUAGUGGACCAUUUACUCUUGAGCCAGCCCAAGGUAUUUUAGAGCCGAAAACGUCAUGUACUAUGCAUGCUGCAUUUCAUCCAAAGAGUGCUCAUUGCUACAAUGCAACUGCAGUUUGCAAAUAUGGUCCUGAUUUUGUAAAGUCACGUCUGGUGGAAUUUGAAGGAAUUGGAAAAUACCCACAUAUUGUCGUAAAUGGCCCACCUGGCUCGUUGCGUUCUGAUAAUGAGAAUGAAAUUAUUGUCAAUUUUGGUGAUGUCCCUGUUGGUACAAAGCAGGAAAAAUGGAUCGAAUUACGAAACUUAUCAUCCGUUCCAGCCCCAUACCAUAUUAUGCAACCAUCAAAAGGUGAUGAAAUUGAGAUUUAUUACACUUGCGAAAAGGUUGGAGGCGUUAUUCCACCUGAUGGUGUUGAGAAGAUUCAGCUUGUCUACUAUCCUAAAACCGUUAAGGAAAGAAAUAUCGAUUAUUUUAGCAUCUCAGUUAUAAGCAGCAGGGCUACGGCAAAUGUGGUUAAAUGUGAAGGCAAUGCAAUCGGAUCAAAAAUUGAAAUUGAUAAUACGUUAGUAAGCUUUGGUAGUACCUGCGUUGAUCAAGAAGUAACACGCGUUAUAACUUUAAUCAAUCAUUCCAAUGUGCAUGGAUAUUAUCAGUUUCGCAUCGAUGAUAGCAAUAGCGUAUUUAAAUUUAGCAAGACUUGUGGCCAGCUACCACCUAAUCAUUCCGAAGCUAUCAAAAUUGUCUUUAAGCCGGCGCUGACAAUCAGCUACUAUAGGAAAGUCUUUCUAGUGGUCCAUAACCAAGAAACGAGAGCAAUCGAGCUAUUUGGUAGUAGCUUUACGGAGCAGGAAAGACCAGCCGUGAUACAUGCAAAACAUGUACACAGAUUCAGAAAGCUUGAAGAGAGAGGCCUUACUAUCUUCCCGCCAGAGUUUUUAAGCGAAAUGCUAAAAGAAGGCAAAGUAAGCUUGGAUAGUGAAGGUGCUAUUAUGGUAAAGGAAGCCGAAGCAUUUGAGCCUUAUUUACGACCCUAUAUUCCAUUGACAACGCAAGAAGAAUAUUUUGAUCUAGCGGAUAAUGUUGAAAAGAUUGUAUCUCCACAUGUAAGCCUCGAUCAGCAACAAGUCAAUUUUGGAUCAUGUCCAAAUAUAAAAUCAUUCGAGCAAAGGAAUAUUACGAUUGCAAAUCAUACAAGAGGGAAAAUUUGUUGCUGCUGGAUCACUAAUAUUCAGAAUGUCUUUUCGAUCACUCCUGAUGUAACCACCAUCCAACCAUUAAAAUCUGCUUCUUUCGUUGUCACUUUUAAACCGAACUCCCCUAAUCAGUUUUAUGAAGCUGAAUUAGAAUGCUAUGCUGGCUACAAGAGUAUGAGAGAAUAUCGAUUAGUCACCGAUCAUACUAUCAUGCCACCUUGGUGUUUGACAGUAACACUUUCAGGUCAUACAUUCAGAUCUACAGUCGAUACCUAUUUACCAAGAUACAAAUUUGAAAAUCAUGAAUUGAUUUUUCCGACCGUCAGUGCGAAUGAAGAAUCUUAUCGAACUUUACUAUUAAGUAAUGCUGGUUCUAAUCCAAUCGAUUAUGAAUUUCUUGAAGAGCAAUUAGGAUUAACUACCAUUAUCCCAAGGAAAGGACUAUUGCAGAAAGAAUAUCAGAUUUUAUCUCUAAAAUUAAGACCUGAAGAAAAUAAGAUUUAUAAGUCGACAAUCAAGUGUAAAUUUAAUGAAUCAGAGAAGCAUAUUCAAAAUUUGAAAGUGAUUUGCGCUGCUGAAGUACCAAGAAUCUAUUUGGAUAAUGAUGGUGCGCUAUACUUUAAGCCAACCGGAUUAGGAACGGCAUCAACUCGAAAUUAUGCUAUUAAAAAUGUAACCAAAUUACCAAUCAGAUAUCAAUGGCGUAUUCAUAUAUCCGAUCAAGAAAUAGUUCAAGUUCAACCUUCAACAGGCAUUAUAUAUCCUAAUGAAGUCCAGAAUCACAAGUGGACGUUUGUUCCAAAAUCGGAAGUCAAAUACAUGAUAAAAGCAUAUUUAAAAGCGCAUUUUGAAAAAGAUUCUCAUCUGGAAAGCUCCCAAAUUCAAAAAUCAUCAUUUUUCGUUCGUAUCAUUGGCGAAGGUUCUGUUGGAGACAUAGAAGCUGAUCCAACUGAAUUUGAUUUCGGCAAUGUUGUCGUUGGCUCUGCAGCUAGUCAAAAUAUUACUAUUAGUAAUAGCAGUAAAUGCAACUUACUCUAUCAAUUGAGCUUAGAACAAUCGAUAUCUGGACCUUAUGAUCAAAAUUAUCCUUCUAAUGAUGAUAUAAUCUUGGAUGUAGACAAGAUGGAAGGUGUCAUCCCUGCCCGUUCUAUGCUGAACAUUACUGCCACAGUUAGGCCAAAGCAGAGAUUUCAGUAUCAAUUAAUCAUCCGUUAUAAGCUAUUAACUCCAACUUCGGAUGGCAUGAAUCAAACUAUUGAAUGUUCAAAUCCAAUAUUAUGCCAAUUGAAGGUGAUAGGAAUUUAUCCUACGGUCAAAAUUGUCGAUGCUCGUUGCAGUAGCACAUCGAAUAUAAGUAAAGUUGGGCUCUGGAAAUUAUUCAACUUGGACAGCUUCAACAUGACAAUGUCUUCCGAUCCUUCUCCAGCAGAAACAAUGUAUUCAGUAGUCACCAGGCACAGCACUAGACGACGACCACCCAUUAAUACUAAAGCGGUAUUAGAUUUUAAUUUUGGUUCAGCUCCAGUCGAUAGUCCACCGGGUACGGCCUAUCUUAUGCUUAAGAAUACAGGACCAGUUCCUACAGAUUGGGCCUUCUUAUUUCCAACCGAUUUCCAAUUAGACCUUGAAUUUUGGGCAGAAAAUGGCGACUAUUCGCGAGAUGAACUAUAUGAUAUGCAUGUGAUGGAUAACAAAUUAUUUACCAUAACACCAAGUAAAGGUAACCUGCAGCCUGACGAAACUCAAGUGGUCACAUUUUCCUACCGCCAUAUUAUGCCUAACACUGACCGCUUACCAGUCAUUUUCAAAGUUAGCAAAGGCAGAGAAGUCUUGAUUAAUUUUGUUGGGGUUACCGUGGAAGCUUCAGCAAAAUACGUUCAUUUUCCAAGCAACAGCCAUCAGUUUAUGGCCAUGCCAAUUGGUAGUAUAACAUAUCCAAAGCAGGUUUAUGAGCUAUAUAAUGGUGGAGGACAAACUGUGAAUUACGAGCUAGAUUUGUCUCCCUGUGAUAACUUAAAAAUGGACAAUUAUCAUUGCAACAUCUUUCAAUGUCUAAAUCCUACUGGUCAAAUUGCUCCCGGGCAACGUGCUCAAAUAGAAUGGGUAUUUUCACCAAUUGAGGCCAAGACAUAUAGUGUCGAUGUUCCUGUUCAUAUUCUUGGAGUGGAAACCCAUUUAGUCACAUUUUAUGGCGUAGGAUAUGAUCAACGAUUUAUGGGUGAUUCUAUGCCAUUUACUGAUCAAAGCCAUCUUACUAGUGUUCCUCCAAUUCAGUUAGUGGACAUUCCGGACCAGCUCGCUUAUUUAUCUCAAGAGAGGAUUUCAUUCGGCAAUUUACCGCUAUACUCCAAUGAAAGAAGGAUCCUAUUUUUAAUUAAUAAAUCAAAGCAUGUUGUAUCCUAUAAUUGGAAACUUCCAACUAAAACCAGCCAUCAGACUAUCACUAUUAAUCCACCUCGAGGUCGUCUAGCAGCUGAAGAAUCUAUUUUAGUCAAGGUUGAUUUCUCUUCCUAUACGGUUCCUUCAUUUUUCGAAAUUGAUAUUCCUUGUGAGAUCAUUGAUGAAACUGAGAUGGCAAUCUAUCAGAAAAAAUUAAAAUUAUGGGAAACCAAGGAAGAAGAAAGAAAGCAUACGUUUACUAUUACAGAAAACAAUCUCCAGGAAGAAGGAAAUGGAGAAAAUGAAGAGCACAUGAAUGCCACUGAAUCCCAGAAUAAAAUGCAGACGAGUAAUGCUGCUGAACGUAUCGCCAAAAAAUAUCAGGCUUUACCCCCUAUUAAACCAUUCUUGCAAUCAGAUACCAGGAUUAUGGAGAAGAAAGGCCGCAGUAGACAAAAGACUACGAAAACCGAUAGUCAUGAUCCACCCAAAAUUCCUCAACCAUUUAUUCUAUAUCUUGGCUUAAAUGCUCGAACUCAUUCAUUAAAGGAUUAUCAAGCCAAUUUUCCCGGCAAAAUCACCAAUUUUCAUAUGGAUAGAAGUAUAGCUGGAAAUUAUCAGAAAUAUUUAUUGGAUAGAUCAUCAGCUGUAGAUGAAGAAAACACUUGGACUACUUGCUUACUAGAGGAAAGAGAUAUCGUAGCUAAUGCUAUCUCAGAUAUGGUGAAGAAUCUUAUACGUGAUCAUGAUUUUAUCGAUGUCAUUUCCAAUCUCUAUACUGAGCCUGUCCCGUAUUUUAAACAACUGGGCCAUAUUCAGACAAGUAGCGUUAUGGAUGACCGUACAGAUGAUGGCCAAAUUGAUGCCGUUGGCGAUAAUCCAAUAACUAAUCAAUCCGAUGAGAAUAAUCCUACCUCAACGGUAGAUCAAAAAUCUCCAACUCCCUCAACGGAAGAGUACCAGAGCUUAAAUAGAGAUGAAGAAGUAGCAAAUAAUCUAAUUGAUGAUAAUAAAAAAUCCAUAAUAGAGAUUGCGACCGAAGACUGCAUUACCGAUGAAAGUAUUGCUAGAAUACCAGAAGUAUCAAAUUUAAUUGAAUCGAUCUUGGAAAACACAGUCUUAAAUAUCUUAACCGAAGCUAGUAUUAGUGAAAUUAGUUUAACAAAUAGACCAAGAGUGAUAGCUUUACCACCUCAUGCUAAACAUUAA